AUGUGUUUCAGUCAAAAGCAUUUUUUCGUAUUAUUGCUGACUGCAGUUUUAACAGUUAUAGCUGCUGUGGAUCGGAAUCCGAAAAAGCGUCAAAUAUAUCGUGAGCAAGUCUUACCGCAUGCGGGUGGCAAAAUUCCCGACACAGCUUUCGAAACCGAUCGGCUCUUUUUGAAUCGCCUGCAAUCUAACGGUAUCUCUGUACCAGAUGGAGUAGUGACUGAACAGCGAAAUCCGCAAGUCUACCAAUAUCACGACAAAAGUCCCAGGGUGCUCUUUCAAAUAGCGCUUAGCUCGGAUGGUCGUUACACGCCCGUCGAAGGCAAAUAUCAUCACCAGAAUGUCCCAUCGAUUGAGACCACCUACCUCUAUCCACAAAUACACGGACACUUAACCGAUGCAACCCCCGCGAAGAGCGCCUAUCCGACAUACCGACAACUGCAGUUACACAAUUCACAACUCAAUCAAGUGAAGUUGCAGCCAAAGAAGAAGACACAAUAUCUCGAUAUAACACCGAGUCUGCACAAAGGCCAUGGCAAUGCAUAUCGGACCCAAACAUACCAGAAUUUCAACAUUAUCAACGCGCCAAUAGUGCCCGCAAGCGGAGCAGCGGCAGCGGCGACGGUGUCGUCAGGGAGCGCCAACAAAUUUGACUACUUAGUACCGAACGUGGAUAGCUCGGCACAUCUAUUCAACGAUUUUGAUGAGCUCUUUAACCACUUCAAUUUGCACGAGGAUGGUGCGGCUGUUUACAGCGGAGAAAUGAAUGGGCAACGUGUGACAUUGUGCUGCAGCUUAUUGCUCGCAUGCGCUUACCUUGCGGCAUCGAUAGCGGUGGAAGUGCAGACCUAUGGCCAUCUCUACCAUCCUCCAACCGAAGAGCGUCGCCGAGAAGAAAAGCAAGAUCUCUCAAAAAUACCCGGUGUACCGGGUGUCGACUAUCCGAUUUAUCACAAAGUGCCGCACACGAAUUUCCAUUGUGCCAACGUGCCAGCUGUGCCGGGAAUGUAUGCAAAUGUUGAGACCGGCUGUCAGGCCUAUCAUGUUUGUCACGACGGACGCGAAGGCCAUCAAGGCGCAGAAUUUCUCUGCACUAACGGCACUAUUUUCAAUCAAAAGGAGUUCGCAUGCGAUUGGUGGUACAAUGUUAAAUGCGAAGAGGCGGUCAAUUACUAUCACUUGAAUUCGGAUCCUGAACACAAUCCUUACUUCCAAAAGAAAAAGGAACCGGAAGUGGAACAAAAUGAACACGAGGGCUUCUAUAUUCACGCAUAA